AUGACAGAGCGGACCCAGAUAGAGCGGACCCAGACGGGGCGGACCCAGACGGGGCGGACCCAGACGGGGCGGACCCAGACGAAGCGGACCCCGACGAAGCGGACCCCGACAGAGCGGACCCAGAUAGAGCGGACCCAGACGGGGCGGACCCAGACGGGGCGGACCCAGACGAAGCGGACCCCGACGGGGCGGACCCAGACAGAGCGGACCCAGACAGAGCGGACCCAGACAGAGGUCCCUGACAGAGCGGACCCCGACGGAGCGGACCCAGACAGAGCGGACCCAGACGAAGCGGACCCCGACGGGGCGGACCCAGACAGAGCGGACCCAGACAGAGCGGACCCAGACGAAGCGGACCCCGACGGGGCGGACCCAGACAGAGCGGACCCCAACGGAGCCGGCCCUGACGGAGCGGCCCCCGACGGAGCGGACCCAGACAGAGCGGACCCAGACAGAGCGGACCCAGACAGAGCGGACCCAGACGAAGCGGACCCCGACGGGGCGGACCCAGACAGAGCGGACCCCAACGGAGCCGGCCCUGACGGAGCGGCCCCCGACGGAGCGGCCCCCGACGGAGCGGCCCCCGACGGAGCGGACCCCGACGGAGCGGGCCCCGACGGAGCGGACCCAGACGAAGCGGACCCCGACGGGGCGGACCCAGACAGAGCGGACCCCAACGGAGCCGGCCCUGACGGAGCGGCCCCCGACGGAGCGGCCCCCGACGGAGCGGCCCCCGACGGAGCGGACCCCGACGGAGCGGGCCCCGACGGAGCGGACCCCGACGGAGCGGCCCCCGACGGAGCGGCCCCCGACGGAGCGGCCCCCGACGGAGCGGACCCCGACGGAGCGGGCCCCGACGGAGCGGGCCCCGACGGAGCGGACCCCGACGGAGCGGACCCCGACGGAGCGGACCCCGACGGAGCGGACCCCGACGGAGCGGACCCCGACGGAGCGGACCCCGACGGAGCGGACCCCCGACGGAUCGGGCCCCAGACGGAGGCCCGCUUAUAUAUAUAUAUAUAA